AUCUUCUCUUAUUUCAAGGAACGCAACCUGUUGCUAUCACGAGUUCUUGAAUCUUUACCGCGAUAAUAUCGUCACUUCGCCUCUAGCUUCAAAAGAAUGGAAUAUUCUUGAAGCUAUCUGGAAUAAACGUUUUUUGACUGUCGCAAAUGAGCUUGAUCCAGGCCAUUUGAAAGAGGUGGUGGUGUCUGGAUAUGCCGAGAACGAUUCCCAGACUUACUGGGAGGAAGUAAUUGAAGAAUGUAAUUUGAAAGAAAAGUUUCAUACACUUAAAGUUGAUCGGAGGAGAGGCUUCUCGCAACAUUAG